GAGCUCGCCGCGGCGCUCAACUACCUCCACGGCAAGGGCGUCGUGCAUCGCGACGUCAAGCCGUCGAACGUGGACCGGCGCGGCCACGUCGCGCUCUGCGACUUCGGCAUCGCCGCCGUCGGCGCGCUCGACGGCGACGACGGCGGCGGCGCGACGCCGCGGCGCCGGUCCUUCUGCGGCACCGUCGAGUACAUGGCCCCCGAGCUGCUCCGCGGCGAGUCGUACUCCAAGGCCGUGGACUGGUGGGCGCUCGGCGUGCUCUUCCACGAGCUGCUCGCGGGCGCGACGCCCUUC